CACGGCUAAAAAGAACUAAGCGGCCGCCGAACGAAACUUUCAGCCGGAGAAUCAGAUAAUUCGAGCAAUAAUCACCCCAUAUAUUUUUUUUGAGCCGGCGCAAGAUCCAAAAAGAGGACGUGCCCCUCCUGACUUGCGUUGGACUGGCGGCGUCAACGGACACGUAUAUCGGAUCGACUUUGAUAAAGGGAAUCGAAAAUUGAGACCAGCCUUUUGUGUGCGUAUUCCGAGCCCCUGAGCCUUUGCAUUUAGGCAAUAGCAAAGCUACAGCAGACCUGCUCACAUAUUUUUCCUGUUUGCUUCUGCAUAUAGCUCGUCGAAAUAGCCGUUGGCCUCCAGGCAAAAUGGCGCAGGUUGAUACUCUGGACAUGCUUGUCCUGGCGGUCAUACUCGUUGGGACGAUAGCAUACUUCACCAAGGGCAAAUACUGGGCCGUCGUAAAGGACCCCUAUGCCUCCUCCUACGCCGCAACAAACAGCGCAAAGCAAGGUCAGACCCGGAAUAUCGUCGAGAAGCUCGAGGAAACCGGCAAGAACUGUGUCAUCUUCUAUGGCUCGCAGACCGGUACCGCCGAAGACUAUGCCUCCAGGCUGGCGAAGGAGGGAUCGCAACGCUUCGGUCUCAAGACCAUGGUUGCUGAUCUGGAAGACUAUGACUAUGCCUGCCUCGAUAAAUUCCCCGAAGACAAGGUUGCCUUCUUCGUCCUGGCUACCUACGGCGAGGGUGAGCCGACAGAUAACGCGGUCGAGUUCUUCCAGUUCAUUACCGGUGACGAUGCCAGCUUUGAAGACGGCGGAUCGCCGGAAGACCAGCCACUCUCCAAGAUGCGAUAUGUUGCGUUUGGUCUCGGAAACAACACCUACGAACACUACAACGCCAUGGUUAGAAUUGUGGAUAAGGCUCUGACCAAGUGUGGUGCUAAGAGGAUCGGUGAUGCUGGAGAAGGCGAUGACGGUGCUGGAACCAUGGAAGAGGACUAUCUCGCCUGGAAGGAACCCAUGUGGAAGGCUUUGGCGGAAGAGAUGGGCCUUGAAGAGAGAGAGGCUAUCUAUGAACCUACCUUCAGCGUCAUUGAAGAAGCGGACUUGAACACCGAAUCGGAGAAUGUCUAUCUCGGCGAGCCAAACUCUUCUCACCUCAAGGGUCGAGGCCAGGGACCUUACAACGCCCAUAACCCAUUUCUCUCACCCAUUGUGGAGUCUCGCGAACUGUUCUCCGUCAAAGACCGUAACUGCCUGCACAUGGAAUUCGACAUCAAGGGAAGCCAGCUCAAUUACCAGACCGGUGACCACAUCGCUAUCUGGCCCACCAAUGCCGGCCAGGAAGUCGACCGUUUCCUCAAGGUGUUUGGUCUGGAAGAAAAGCGUCAUACCGUCGUCCGUGUUAAGCCUAUCGAUGUCACUGCCAAAGUCCCGUUCCCCCAGCCAACCACCUAUGACUCCGUGGUCAGAUACUACAUUGAAACCUGCGGCCCCGUAUCGCGACAGUUCAUCUCCCAGCUCGCUGCAUUCGCUCCGGAUGAAGAGACCAAGAAGAAAAUGAUCCGCAUUGGUGAAGAUAAAGACGUUUUCUCUGACAAGGUGUCUGCCUUCUACUUUAACAUCGCCCAAGCUCUGCAAUCCUUCACCGAUAAGCCCUUUACCGCCGUCCCAUUCUCCCUGCUCAUCGAAGGUAUCCCCAAGAUCCAGCCAAGAUACUAUUCCAUUUCUUCGUCGUCUAUAGUCCAGAAGGAAAAGAUCAGCAUCACUGCUGUUGUUGAAUCGUUACGUGUCCCCGGUGCCGGCCAUGUUGUCAAGGGUGUAACAACCAACUACCUUCUUGCUUUGAAACAGAAACAGCAUGGCGAGCCCAACCCAGAUCCAUUCGGUCUGACUUAUGCCAUCUCUGGACCACGCAACAAAUACGAUGGCUUCCAUGUCCCUGUACAUGUGCGUCACUCCAACUUCAAGCUCCCGUCCGAUCCUUCGAAGCCAAUCAUCAUGGUUGGUCCUGGUACCGGUGUCGCUCCAUUCCGUGGUUUCAUCCAGGAACGAGUCCAUCAGGCUGAAAAGGGCGAGACUGUCGGCCCUACUAUCCUUUUCUACGGCUGCCGUAAGAGCACAGAGGAUUUCCUUUACAAGGAAGAGUUCGAGGAGGUGUCCAAGAAACUCGGUGAUUCCUUCAAGCUUAUCACUGCUUUCUCCCGUGAGACCUCUCAGAAGGUAUAUGUCCAACACCGUCUCAAGGAACACGCCGAGCUAGUUAGCGAUCUACUCUCCAAGAAGGCAAACUUCUAUGUCUGCGGAGAUGCAGCCAACAUGGCUCGAGAAGUCAACGUUGUCUUAGGCCAGAUCCUCGCUGAGCAACGAGGCCUGAAACCCGAGAAGGGUGAGGAACUCGUCAAGCAUAUGCGAAACACCGGCUCGUACCAGGAGGACGUCUGGUCGUGAGCAUCAUCUAACCGCCACUAUCUACCUCAUUAUCUUAUCCUUUACCGCCACCUACUAACCGACUUGCAUAUUCCAUACUUCCGUACCUUCAUCAUGCUCAGAUGGGCAGAUUAAUACCUCUAGGUGUCAGGAAAGAGAAUUAAAAUAAAGAUAAGAGAAAAAGGAACAGGGAAGGUCUGUCUCAUUAGAAUUUGCGAUUUAGGUUCUUGCUGGGGUCUGUCUGGACUGUUGAUUUUCUUCCCGCCGGGUCUUCCGAGCAAACGGCCUGUUUUCAUCCUCCCUUCUCAUUCUUGGCCUUCGCUGUCUACUAUCCCCUAAGUUGCUAAUAUUUGCUUUCUUUAUUGAUGCUUGACUUUGGAUAGAUCGUCUUCCUCUCCUUUUCCCUCUUUCCCCCUUUUUUUUACGUUUACUAGACUAUUAGUUCAUGAGUGAUGACGAAGAAGCAUAUACAGACAGGACUAUAUAUCACCUUUCUAAAUAACUUUUCAGAGUAGCGGUUAUUCUUGAACGUCGUAAUAUUGUGGCUGGCUGGACGAACAUACAUCAGAUGGUGUCCUUUGAUAGAUCGAUUAUUAUCCCUUGGCUGGCGCUUGGUCUUUGUCAAUGCAUGUUAGCUAGUCCUUGAGAAGGCAGUAUCUCAACUCCUGAUGAAGCCGUUGAAUCUGAUGCCGGUGUCUGCUAGCAAAAAUUUGGCUGACUAGUUCGUUAGUUAAGCUCGCCAAGGCGGAAUCCUCCGUCCUACGCGGAAUGCAUUCUCAGCCUCUUGUUUUCUUCUUUCCUACGUUUCUUCUCUGCGUUUGUUAGUUAUUGAUUUCUGGUGUCCGAGUGAGACUGGCUGAUAUAUGGUAGGCGUGCUAAUAAUUUACUGCUCUAGCCCAAGAUUCAGCCUUUGGUAACUCAUAAAAGAGUUGACUUAGCUCAAGGCUAACCAAGAUAGCUAACUACUGAGUUAUCCUCGUAUACCCAUCGCUAAGGAUCGUUAUCAAUAUACAUACCAACCAAGAGCCCGGCGGCAGAGCUGCUCUCCUAGAACCGCAGAUAGCAUACCCAUAUUAUGUAAACAUCUAGCAACGACUAUACAUAUAAAUGUCAACAAUGCUUUCUCCUGCUUGUUCAUUCAUCUAGCCUGCUUUCAACAUGGCCCUGUGAACUUGAUAUACCCUAGAUACCACCACAAUAACAUGGGGCUGUCCUGGCCUCCAAUACCAUCCUAUUGAAAUGGAACUGCCACAGAAUAUCAUGUCUCUUUAUCCAGGCUUAUUCUGCCCUCUAUUCAGGCACCUUCUGGCUGUCCUGCCAGCAGAGAUGCAUUUGCUAUGCGGCAUCCACUUCGACGAUACAGGCACUAUCAGACUGCUUCCGUCUGAUCUCACAGUCACUGCUAGCUCAUAUAUAUAGACCCUCCAGCUUUCUUUCUUCCCUUCUUCUUUUUUCUCUUUCUUCUCUUCUCUUCACAAUCACAAUCUUCUUCUUCUUCUUCUUCUUC